AUGGCUCCCAAGCGCACGAGCAACGGCGAGUCCAAGUUCGGCAGCGCGCAGAAGUCGCAGACGACAACCAAGUCCUCGCGCAAGAUCCUCAUCACCGCCGGCGAGGGCCAGACUGGCCGCCUUAUCAUCGAACUCCUCACGACCGACGACACGUACGCGGGCAAGUACGACGAGCUCACCGCGCUCGUCUUUUCCGAGCAGGCCAAGGCCGUCCUCGAGGAGUUCGACACCGUGAAGACGAUCGUGUACGACCCGAAGGACGAGGAGGCGCUCGUACAGGCGAUGUCGCUCGUCGACACCUGCCUGCUCAUCCCGCCCGCGCGCAAGGACAAGGCAAACAUCACGCGCACGCUCCUCUCCGCCGCCAAGUCCGCAAAGACAGUGCAAAACCUCAUCCUCCUCUCCAGCGCCGGCGCCGACUACGCCGAGCACGCCACCCAACCCCGGCUGCGCGAGUUCAUCGACCUCGAGGUUCUCGCCAUGCAGCCCAAGGGUGACACCUCUUCGGGGAAGACCGGCCACUCGCCGUGCGUCAUCCGCGCGGGGUUCUACACGGAGAACCUGUUGCUGUACGCGAAGCAGGCGCAGGGCGAGGGGAAGCUGAAGCUUCCGAUUGGGGAGGACCACAAGUUCGCGCCGGUCGCGUUGGGGGAUAUCGCGCAGAUUGCGGCGUAUGUGGUCACGUCGGAGGGCCCGCAGGGGCUGGCGGAUAACGUGCGCGGGCAGGUUAUCGUCGCUACUGGUCCCCAGCUCACUGCAGGACCAGAGCUCGCCGAAGCGGCCUCUCAGGCGCUCGGCACAAAGAUGGAAUUCGAGAGCAUCGACGAAGCGACCGCAAAGAAUAUCCUCAACUCCGAACAAGGCGAGGAAGUCGACGAAGCCGAGCGCGAGUACCUGCUCGAGUACUACGCGCUCGUGCGCGCGGGGAAGACGAACUACGUCGCGACGACUGCGAUGCUCGCGUUCCUCGGGCAUCGCGGGCAAGAGCCGACCGAGUUUUUCGAGACAUACUCCGCGGAGUUCAAGCCGAAGAAGCGGCGUACGACGAAAAACGGGGGCGCGGAGGUCGCGACGAAGAACGCCCCGACGCGCGCAUCUGGACGGGGGAAGGGCGAGGCUGCGUCUGCGAAAGACGCAGCCGACGAAGAGGACGUCGAGAUGUAG